AUGGAAUUUAUAUCGAAACCGGUAAUUUCAUGUGCUGGUGAUGAAAAUCUUCUACCAUAUUUUGAAAAUCAUUGUUUAGGCACUUUAGCUAGUCAUCAAGUGACUUGGAAACAUCCAAAGCUUUCAGUGGUACACUCUGUACGCUUAGAAGCAUGCUUUACUAGAUUUCGUGUUGAUCAACUCCAGUCUAAUGUAAAAGUUUUAUCAAGUGGACGACCGAUUCAACCUGUUGGCACAUUUCAACCACUAUUGUAUAUUUAUGUGAUUUCAAGUAAUGUAUCUCAUUAUACAUCACAAGGUGGAAGAAAUAUUGUCGGUAGUUGGUUGGGUCAUUUACGUGCACGAAAUGUGUUUGACUGGUUGAUUGUUAUGGUGAAUUCUGAUCCACAAUAUAAUACACCAAAAAUAUUACAAAAAUCAAAUGUACUCGAUAAAAUCAAAAGUGACUUUAAUGUUCGUACAGGAGAUCGUCAAUUUCUUGAAGUUCCUGCUCCGAAUUCAGUUGACGAACGGUUAUUCAGUGAAUCCUGGAUUCAGUUAACUUAUCUUAUUCGUAAAGCUAUAAUCUCAGCUUGUAUGUCAAUUAUUGUUGAUUAUGAUGUACACUUACAAAUGUUGGCUGAUUCACGUUCAAGUUUUACAUGGGAUUAUUUUGAGUACUUAGACAGAAAGGAAGAAUUAGCACAUAUGUACUUAUUUCUUGGAGGACAUGAACAUGCCUUACAUGAAUACUAUGAGGCAACUGAAUUGCUUUUCAAUUGUAUACAAGACUCAAAGGAUCAAGGAUCUAAGCGUCCGUCUUGGUUGAGUCGAUUGAUACAAGCAUCAUCGUCUUACGAAGCUUCUCGCCAUCUCUGCGAUUAUUCACUAGAUGUGACCAAUACAGAAGUUAAACAAACUGGUCGCUUAAAAUAUCGUAAUGCUACACUAUUUGAACUAAGAAAUUAUCUGUUAUCUCGACAAGCCUCUAUACUGUGUAUAUGUGAUCGUUUGUAUGAAUUUCCUGCAUACACUUACCGUGUCAUUUGUUCUACAUUGAGUGAGAUAAGCAUUUUGAAUAUUCAAACUGAUAGCCUAUUUUAUGCUAUCUGGAUUCUAUGUAUUUGUUUAAAUACAUUGACAAAUAUUCGGUUAGAUUCAAAUCGUUCAAUGGAUGAUAUGAAUAAGUCAAUUAUUGAAAAUAUCAAUUUUAUACAUUUAUCAAAGAGAUUACUUGUUAAUGUUAACAAUAGUCCAGCUUCAUUGAAUCAUUAUUCAUCAACAACACAAUGUAUUCUUCUUGAUGCUAAUAAGGAGUUGAAUCCAACUGUUUGGUAUAUAAGUCAUUUAGUUGAUAAAAUUUAUACACAUUUUCAUUCUUAUCAAAAUCAAAUAUUGAGAAGAUCAUCUAUAGCUCCAUUUAUUUACAAUAAUAAUAAUAAUGGUAUUAUUGGUAAUAAUAACAGUAAUAAUAAUAAUAAUCCUAUUACAACAGAAAUAUCCUCAAAAUUCUCAUCUAAGCAUAAAUCAACAAUGUCCAGAGAUGAAAAAGAUACUUAUUGGACAGAAAGUUAUGCAGUAGAAUUAUGGUUAUGUAUAUUUAAUUAUAUAAAACGAAUUGGUCAAAUGAUUGGUUUAUGGUGUAAAAAGCCGAAUUCAUAUCAUUAUGAAAAACUUUCUCUAUUCAAUAAAAUAAUCACUUCAAAUCUAAACAAACAAUCAGUUAGUAGUAUUUUCAAUAUUUCUUCAGAUUAUCAAAAAAACAAAGAAGAACAAGAAGAAAGUGUUGAUCAAUUAAACUUUCAAGCAAAUAAACAAAAUGAAAUUAUUUAUCAGGAUAAUUCUCUCUUACUUGCACAUUAUCAUUUAAUUCCAUUGUUUAAUUCAUCAAUAAUAUACUCACAAAUAUUCUCUGCAAUCGGUGAAACAUUAAUUGGUUUCUUAAAACUUAUUCAUAAUCCUAGACGAUCAUAUGAAAUUGUAUUUGAUUUAGCAGAUUUUAUGUUUUCACAGGGAGCCUAUGAAUCAGCUUCAUGGUUAUACGAGUCAAUCAUAAACUUUUUCGAUGAAUCUUCAUGGAUCGGUUUGAUAACUAGUGCACGUUUAUGCUUAGCAUGGUGUUUACACUUUCUAUGUAUUGAAAAACAGUAUGAAACUAAAACUGACUGUGAAAUCGCCCGAAAAUAUAUUCAAGUGUGUCUCACUUUAUCAGGUAUCUGUCAACCAGUAUUACAUACUGCCGCUGAUUAUGUGUACAGUAAGAUUCGUUCUUGGUAUCAUGGAUCAGAUAUAAAUGAAAUUCUACGUAUACCAAAGUAUACAGAUACAGUUAAUCCAAAUUAUUGGUGGAUGGAAGCUAUUGAAUUUCGAAAAUCUUUAUCAGCAUUUCAUCAAUCCAUUGUUACUGAUCCAUACGAUAUGUCAUCAUUGUUUUGUUUAAAGUCUGUAGAACUAGAAGGUGUUUGUGAUUGUGGCUAUCAGUUAAUUUAUGCUGUACUAGAAUCGAAUUCAGAGAGACAUUUUAAAGCUUCUGUACACAUUACUGCCUCCGAACCAUCAUAUGUAGAUUGGCAAACAUUAUUAAAUCCAAAUGAAUUUCUACCAUAUCAUGUAAUGAAUAAAACGAAUCAAUCUCUAACAUCACAUUCAGAAAGCCAACUGCACAUCAUUAACUUAACUACCCUACCUUCAUUUUCUAUUACAAACAACAAUCUUAUUGAUAAUGCUAACAGUUCUGUUACUGUUGUCAACAAUGACAAUAAUAAUCAUAAAGUUAGCUUAAGAAGUCAACUGUCUAUUCCAUCUGGUACUGGUAGUCAACUGCAUUUAGAACAAAUCAAUAAGUAUUUAUUGCCAGCUUCAACGACAGUUUCAACAUGUCGAAGUUAUUCUAAUAUACCGGACAGUUCUAAAGAAUACAAAUAUACAACUUUAUCAGUUGUUGGCAAUCCAUUGAAUAAUACAGGAAUAAAUAUUCGAUCAAAAUUUGAUACACGACUAGGUUCACUGUUAAAUGUUGCAGCAUCAUUGGCAAGUAAACCAGCAUGGAGAUCACAGGAUAUUAUGGAGAUGGUGAAUGAUGAACAUAAUGCUGCUGUGUCUAUUAGGGAUACAGAACAAUUUUUACAAAGAAUGGGCAAAACAUCACGAAUUACUUCAGAUGGAUUCAUUGACCCAGUUGUUAGUCGUACACCACAAGUCACAAGACGAUAUUCACUACAUCAAACAAAAAAGCGAUCAUGUUACUCCUUCAGUAUUAAUAGUAAACAUGAUAUAUUUGGUAAUGAAAAUGAUAAAUCAACUGUUGUCUCUACGAAAAAGCCACUAUUUCUCUUAAGAUGUAAAGGAUCUUUUGUACAGAUUAAACCUGGUAGAAAUAAAAUACUUUUCGUAGCUAAUGUGCCAGGAUUCUUAAUUCCUGAAAGACUAUUUAUUAUUUGUUAUGAUGAUAAUGAUAAUGAUGAUGAUUUUGUGACAGCUGAUCAAUACUCAGAUAAGUCAACCAUAAAACAAUCAACAGCAUUGUCAGUUAAUGCUACAGAAGUUCAUUUUGUCUCUGAUAUCGAUAGUGAUCAUUUUGGACCAAAUUGGCGUAAUGUUGAACUGAUGCAAACAUUGUUACCGAAACCUGAAAUUGUUGUAUCAUCGAACAAUUUGGAUAAACUUUAUCCAGUUGUAUUUGGUACAUGUCAACCAAUUCCAGUCCAAUUAAGACUAGGCAAAUUAGGUUUACCAAAUGAUUGUAAAUUGAGCACAAGUUUAUAUCGUAUCCGUCCGAAUUCAAAGUAUCCAAACAAUAAACGAGAAUAUCCUUAUUACAACGCUGCAGUAACAUCAAUCACCAAUUCUAACGAUGAAAAUGAUAUUGCUAACAAUUCCACGUUUACUAAUGGUGUCAGCUUAGGUAAUAUAUCUUAUGCAAAUGACUAUUCAUUGAUUUCAAGUAAACCUGAAAGCGAAGAAAAGAAUACUCAUCCCAACAAUGACAGUAAUGCUCUAAUAAAUCGAGCAAUAUUUAAUCAGUUUAUUCUUGAAGAUGGACCAGCAGAUUUUGUACGAGAUUCUAAUUCAUUCAAGUUACAGCAUAAUUUAUGUAAAAUUAACCAUCCUAUGCCGACAUAUCCACCUGGGUGUUGUUUACAACUAAGCAGACCAUUGUAUCUAUCUGCUGAUUCAUGCAGUGAUCAAUUUGCACUUUCAAUGCCCAGUGGACAUUAUUGUGUUCUUCUGUUGAAUAUUAUCAAACCACUUGCAUUCAAAUUGAAUAUAUUCCCUUUACCUACAACAUACAUUAUCUUCAGUUUACAUAUCGCCUGUGUUGACACUGAUCCAGAUUCAAUCAUUUCACCUGAAAUAUACUGUAGCCUUGAAAAACCUUGUAAAGAACCUGUCACAUUUGAAUUAUCCAAUAUGCGAUUUUAUAUUGUUGCUUCAAAAUUUCAUUCAUAUAAAUCUUUAAUACUACAUAAUUCUUCAUCGGAUCAUCAACGUUAUUUAUCAAAAUCAGGUAGUUCACCACCUACAAAGGAAGGUGGAAGCCAACAGGUUACAGGAACUGUUGAUAUAUUGUUUGAUAAUACUGAGGAAAAACGUAUAGAAUCAUUGAACGGUGAUCUUAUAGAUAAUAAACUCACUAAAGCUUAUAUCAAUCAUUUAACACCAUUCUCUAUACCUUGGCGUUUUAAAUCAUUAGAGUAUAAUAAUUUUUUAAAAGCUUGUAAAGAAUUUCAUUAUAGACCAGUUGGACGUUUUGAAUGUACAAUGAAUCGUAUUGAUGCUAUAAAAAUUGAUCAAGAAAUUAGAGUAGAUUGUCAUAUUGAACAACAAAUAUAACUGAUAAUUAUUGACUUUAAUACUCAUCUAUAUACAUACAUAACUAAUCAACUAAUAAUCCUUUUAAUGAUGAUGUAAUAUGAAUAAUCAUUCUAUAGUAAAUUAUUAUUACACUUAAAUAUUCCUGUUUGUUUCAUCAACAAACUGUACUAUAUAUAUAUAUAUAUAUAUAUAUAUAUAUAUAUAUAUAUAUAUAUAUAUAUAUAUAUCUGUGAUAUUGGACUCAUCAUUUCAAUUUGUUGUGUGUGUUGUUGUUUUUUUUGUUUGCCUUGCCCAAACACUAGUUUUAUCUAUAUGGAUAAAUAAAGAUUACAUCAUUUCUUAUAGUGUUUAAGAAAUUGAAAAAUUUGGCAAUUUAUACUGUGCAAUUCAUAUAAGAUAUAUAUUCUAAUAUCUCUUUAGAAUAAUGUUCAAUAUAACCACCUAAGGAGAACUGGGCUAAUGGGGGACUAACUUAAAAUAAAUAUCAUGACUGUAAAACACUUAAUAACAUAUCAUACUAUAUUUGGAUUUUUACAUUUCUUGUUUGUUUUUAACUUUUCAUUAUAUAAUAUAAUAUAUUUAAAACUAUGAAUAAAUUAUACACUACAGUGA